AUGAGCUUCGAUCUUGACGCCCUGUUCCAGGAGCGCCUCGAGGUGUUUCCUCCUCCUGUUACGUCCUUGGCUCUGUCUGAUGCUUGUUUGGAUGUCGCGAACAUCACCGAGGCGGCCCUGGCAGUGAGCCAACCCAACCCACACACAGAAGAAAUCAUCCGCUCUUUGAUUCGGGACCGGGACCAGUGGCAGGCGCGCGCAGAGGAGAUGAUGAAGACCAACCUGGACUCCGAGCGGCGUUUCUACGACAAGUUGCCCCCUAAGACAGGCCACUCAUUAGACGUUGUACGCCGUUUGAACCGGCUUCAAAGCGACAACUCCCGCCUCCAGUCCGAAGUUUUACACUUGAAAGACAAUCUCAAGGCCGCUGAGUGUGAGAACACCAAUCUAUGCGAUGAGAAUGUGGGACAAACAAGAAGAUUGAAAGGCGCCAAUAAGAAAACGAGGAACGCGAAAGACGUUGCUGGGAAAGAAGAGGCCAAGGCGAAGACUGCUGUACAUGACAAGCAGCAGCGUGCGUCGUCUGAACGAAAGAUGAAGAAAGAGCGCAACGACGCGUUGGCCGCUUGCGAAGAACAGAAAAAGAUCAACGACAAUCUGCGUGCGGAGCUGGAAAUUGAGUGCUCGAGCCGUCCACACCUACGGGUUAGAGAAACGACUGCAGAUGAAGUCACUGCUGUGAUCCCUAUCGAACUCUUGAUUCGGCGGGAAGAGUUCAGGGUAUUAUUGACAACGUUCGAAUCUAGCCAGAAAACCAUGACAGACAGAACAAGAGAGUUGUAUGAAUCGUGGAAGGAGUCUAGAGAUGAGGAGGAAUUGCAAGUCGUUGGUGCAGUCUACGUUCGAGAUGAGAAGAAGAAGAUAGCGGUCGACUUGUUCGAGGACAUGGAUGAAGGCCCAGGACAUCCGCAGACUGGGGCCGAGCACGAUGGAUGGCGCUCUAAGCGUGGGCUAGAGGCUAUUAGUAGGCAUGCCCUUGCUCGUCACAACGCCUAA